UGCUCACAUAUCAGGGAAGCUCUCUAGUGCAGACUGCAUAUGAGGAAAACAAUGGGAUUGAAAAGAGACAAUGUGGGACAAGUAUAUUUCCCUCUUUCCCCUUGUUGAUAAUACUUUGUAAAUGAGCCUGGCUAAAGUCCCAGCCCUUUAAAUGAUGGCAAUCAAAAGCUAGAAUGACAGUUGGACCAGCCACGAAUUCUAACUGCCUUGGAAUCUUGGGAUUUUCUCUCCAUCCCCACCACAUAUUUCCUCCGAACUUCCUCGCCAAGCUGUUAAAAUGUCUGCCAAUUCUCCUAAAUCAGAUCCGGAGUCCCCCAAAAAAGAACUCAGCGUUACAAAAAGGCCUUCACCCAAACCUGAGAAUAAGCAUUUGAAUCAAACAUCAAGGUCACCUCUGCAUUCUAGAUGUCCUCUCUGUAUGAAACAUGUUGGCAAUAUGUUGUACCUGGACCCCUGUUUGCACAGCUUCUGCUUCUCCUGUACACAGGGCUUGCUGGAAACCCAGGCCGAAUGUCCUUGCUGCAAGCAGCCCAUUAGUUCUAUCUUUCACUCUGUGAAGAAGAAAGAGAGUCCUGAGAAGCUGACAUCCAUGAGAUAUGUCAAAGACAAGCCCUCUCCUACUCCAUCCAACAGGAAAGAACAUAUGGCCUUAUCUUCUAGAAAACCCAAAGGAAAUGAUCCUUUAACACCUUUCAAAAGCCAUUCUGACAAUGACAUUUUGCCCUGUGAAGAUCAUACCUUUCCCAGCUCUAAUGUGAAGAGAUCCUUCAAGCAUUCCUCUGUUAAGCCAUCAUCAAAGGAGAAUCCGUGUCUUGAUAGAUUUGAAAAAUCUGAGUCCAGUCAUGAAUGCUAUGAUGUACAGAUCAUAGAGAAGAAGCCAAGUUCAGACCAAGUGUUCCACGAAUCAAUCCCACAUGAAGCUGCAUUCAGCUCCCCUCCAGAAUGUGCCAAAUCUCAUUUGAAGAGACCUUCUAAGCCUUCCUCUACUAAGUCCCCCAAAAAACAUCUUAAAGCACCUGUUAAACCUAACGCUCAGCAGGAAUCGCAUUUGCAUGCUUUAAGGAAGAUGCCAAUUUCAGACCGGGUCAGCCUCGAAUCAAUACAGGAUGCUGUUAAAUUGGAUGCCACCCCAAAACGGAGCAUACUUGUAGAUGUUGACAUUGACAUGCUUCGUUAUAGAGCAAUAUCUGCCAACCUAUCUAAGCCAAACAUGCUAGAGGGUCUAUGCUUGCUUCUGUCAUCAGGAGCUUUAGUAUUUGUAUGUGUUUAUAUCUAUUUGCAAAUAGUCGUCAUAUAAAAGGUAAUUAGAUUUGUUUCUGGAAAAAUCAGUCUUGGAGAAAGUCCUCAGUUUGUGGGAAAAGGAGAAACAAUAUUAUCUAACUUAACAUGUUCUGAUAUGCAAUGUAACCCACAGUCCCUUCACAUAUUGGUCUGGUGUACAUGUAAUGACAAGCAUGGGUAUUUUGUGUAAUUUACUCUCAGUUUAAGCCAGCCUUCACCAGGAUUCAAGUUUAUCAUAUAUAAACAGAGACUGGUAAGAUGACUGGGAUUUCUGGGAGCUGAAGUCCAAAACACCUGGAGGCCCAAAGGUUGGGAACCACUGCUAUACACUUUAGAAUUAAUGCUUUUUGAUACCAUUUUAAUUGCCAUGGCCCAAUGCUAUGAAAUCCUAAGUGUUACCAGUAUAUGUUGCAAGAUACUAGAAUUCUUUGUCAGAAAACUCAACUCUCAGAUUCCAUAGCAUCAAGUCAUGGAAGUUAAAGGGGUGUCAAAUGGCAUUGAUUCUACAAUUUAGAUGCACACUGAGAAACUGUAUAUUAUAAAUGUAAAGUGUCAAAAUGAACCCCUUCCAUAUCAAGUCAAACUCUUGCUGUUAAAGAUCCUGUAUAACUUUGUAAACUAGCAUAUAUUUACUAUGGUGGGAUAUUUCCUGUACUAUAACCUACUUCAUCAGACAUAUGAAUAGUUAUCCAGAAUGCCAGGUAUAUAAAAAAUGAUAAUAUUCAUAGAAAGGACAGUAACAAAUGCAAUCAAAGAAAAGUAAAUACAGAAAUGUUCUAUGUCACGCUGGAAAUUUAUUGCUAACCCUGGGAUUGGAAAGUCCCAUUGGCAUAACUCACUGGAGUUGUAGAGAACAGGGAGGCAGGUAGUUUGAAUGUUAAAGUGCUCAAUGUCUGUCUGACUGAAAGGUUUGACACUGUUCAUCAGAUAGGAAACAAGUUGUGUAGGGAGGUCUUAAGCAACCCUUAUGCAAGCCCAUCAAAGGUACAACAAUUAGCGCAACAGGCAGUUAUGCUCACAUGGAAUCCCUACGAGAUCAUGGCUUCAGUUCUUUCUAUGUUUAAUUCCUUUCUAACUUAAACACCUAUAAUUCAACUUCCAAUGCAAAAUACCUCUGCACUUGAAAUUAUGAGUAACACUCCAUGCAUCUGGGCAUAAUCCAGGAAAUUCAUCAGUGUGUGGGUCUUCAGUGAUUUCUGCCAGAAAAGUCUUUAAUGUUUUCAGUAAGAAGUAUAAAUGUGGAAAUCCAGGUGUUGAGAAGCACAUAUAGUAUACAAGCACACAUCUCGGCUAGUCAAGAUUGGUUGCUACUACCAAACUCCAUUCCAAGAAUUUGGAAGCCAUGAAGUCAGUUCUAUCAGAUUCUAUCUUAUUGGAAAAUAUGUUUCUAGGGAAUGUGGCUUUCUCUAUGGCAAUCCCAAUGAACUGAGAUUGUAGAGCAGUAGUUCUCAACCUGUGGGUCCCCAGAUGUUUUGGCCUUCAACUCCCAGAAAUCCUAACAACUGGUAAACUGGCUGGGAUUUCUGGGAGUUGUAGGCCAAAACACCUCAGGACCCAAGGCUGAGAACCACUGCUGUAGAGAAAUUGUUGUUCUGUUUAUACUUUUGGAGGUCAGUUGGAAGCCUUCCUCUAUUAGGAAAGCACUUGGUUGCUUUGUCCUACCACUUUGCCAGUCCAAGAUUUUACUGCCAUUUCACUUUUGACUUUAAAAACCCUUCAUUUCUUUUUGUUGUUUCAUUGCAGAUAUCAUUUCCAUUUACAUACUGCUAUGACAUUUCACUGGCAUAGUGGCAUAACAUUUUUUUAAUAUAAAUAGUGUAAUUUCAUAAUAAACUUGAAAACCUAAAAUAUAUCAUUGGCAACUUUUUCUCUGCUGAAAUGCUCCAAUGGAAAUUUGCAGGACUUGAUCAUGUAAACAUGUGGAUCCUUAAACAUUUGUGGUGGAUUUCUGAUCAAAAUGAUCUGUUUUUCUAUCAGCUGGGGAAGAAUCAGGUUUCAUAUGUUUUCCUCUGUGAAUGUGGAAAACAGUAGGCUUAUGCAAUUUGACUGGAAAGUAGUCCAGUUUUGGCAUCCGAAUUUCAUUGGGCACCCAGAUUCAUUUUUAGGAGCCUCCUGAAAAUCACCUAAUAGAAAUAUUAGUCUUUGGCUAGGCAGCCAAAAUAUCCGGGAAGAUACUGGUGGGAAUGGGGAAAUUACAAGGCUCCCAUUUCUGUUCCUGGGAUCCUUUCCUUUCUUGCCUUCAAGGGAGUCUGGGUUUCAGCAAUGGGGUUAAAGAAGACCCUUCCUGGGACUCUUUACUUUCUUGACUUUAAACGGGUCUGGGUUUCAGCAAUGGAGUUAAGGAAGCAGCGUACAAACCAUGUCAAGGCAUUUUUCUAUUCAGAUUGGCUUAACAAGCAGGGUUCACAGGGAAACUCCAUGCUCGCGGCAGCCUCUUUGCACGCAGUGUGAUGACAGAUAGGAGAGGAACUGUUAUCAGCCGCCAUGUGGUCCUGUCCUGAACAAAAAAAUGACGGCUGGGUCCUUACCAUUAUGGCCAUCCAGCCAAGUCAGAUAACUGACCACUUUGAAUCCAUGCGCAAGCCUAAUGAGCACUUAUAAAGGCAUGCUAAAAUAUAAGGCAAAAUUACAAGGUUACUAUAAAUUGUUCUUGAACUUUCAUAGGCACUAGAACAUCCUAUAGUGGCUAGAAAAAGGAACAAAAAGUUAAAAAGCUAGCAAUAGCACUAUUUGAACUAUAUUACUGUGUAGGAGAAAAUGCAGCAAAAGCAAAGUGGUGAUAUCUUACAAUUGUGCUAUUCCUUAGGAUUACAUUAAUUUUAAAAAAAUACUGUUCCAGGUUCAUGAAGAAGGAUUUUGUAAAAGAAAUGGAGCAUAGGCAACCACCAAUAGGAAUGCACAUUCCUCUCUGUCACUAAAAUGAUUCAAACAAAUGAAUCUAACAGAUCCCAUCUCACAUAUUUUUAGGAACUUUCUCCCAUUUCCAAGCGCAUUGGGAGCUCAGAAGACGGUUUCCCCCGUCUCUGGUCCCCUCAGUUUCUCUACACUUCUAUUACAUUUCAAGGAUGAAACACAACAGUUGACAACCAAAAGUGGUUUAGAUUGUGUGAAGGCCUCCAUGGCACUUAGUCCCUAAAACAUUUUAAAAGUGUGUGGAAAAGGACUUUAUCACACAAAGAAGGCAAACUGGCAUUGAAGCAAUCCUUUCACCUAUGGUGGUGAUCCCUAUCACACAACACCAUGCACAUCCCAUUGCCAACUGACCUCCUUUCUGUGAUUACCCACCUCCUACUAUUGAUUGAGAAAACCCAUUAAGAACUGCCAAUCCCACAAUGUCCCCAAUAACCUAUCUUGGGUGAUGGUCUGUUCCACUUCUGUACUGGCCUGCCAACACUGAGGUAAUGUCAAAAAAUAGGAUUAUUUUCCUUGCUAUUCCCAAGCUGUUUAUUUUAUAUUUUACAGUAAUAUUUUCCCUCUUUAAAAGUAACUUGCUGUAACUGUGACAUUGCUUUUUUUUAAACAGCAGAAGUCUGGGAAGGUAGGGUUACAAGGCUAUACAGAAAUAUGAUUGCAGGACCAUGGAUUUGCAAAGUGGCACAAUUACAUGAAUGAGAAGAGAGGCAAUAAUGAAGACGCUCAGGCCAGGAUGUAUCUAGUACUUGUGAUUUUGUGGCUAUGGUGGAAUUGCAGCUUCAUGCAAUAAAAUCCUUAUAUAUGAAGCAGACACUAACUAAGCUGACAAGGGAUUGUGUCUCUCCUCAUCCAGCCUUGCCACAGGUUUGCCAUCACCAUCAUCCUCCAAGAUAUAAUUCAUACUGAGAAUCCAUCCUAAAAAGGCAACAACAUGAUUUGUUGCCAGCUGCUUAAGAAGAGCAGCUGAAUGGUCUUUAGCAAGAUGAUCUUCUCUGCCUUCUUCAGCAGGUGCAGUUGCAGCUGGUAAAAGCGAUGAGAUAUUCUUGGAUAGAGAAAUUCAGAUACACAAAAAUAAGAAGUUCUUUGGUUUCUUGUUUUCUUCUUCGGGGUAUGAUGUACUGGUAGUGAUCCAGAGGAUUCCCAUUUGCCCUUAACUAAUGGAAAAAUCAUGUAUAAAACUAUAUAAAAAGAGGAAAAUCCACCCCUACCCCGACACCAGCUCCAGUGUAGCUUGGCUGAAAUAAUAAAUAUGUUUUGCAAUUUCAAUGUCAGUUUAAUGGAACAUAUUAUUCUAUAUAAUAUGUAUAUAAUAUAAACAACAGGAAAGGAGAUUCCACCUGAACAUCAGGAAGAAUUUCCUCACUGUAAGUGCUGUUCGGGAGUGGAACUCUCCCCCGGACUGUGGUGGAGGCUCCUUCUUUGGAGGCUUUUAAGCAGAGGCUGGAUGGCCAUCUGUUGGGGGUGCUUUGAAUGCGAUUUCCUGCUUCUUGGCAGGGGGUUGGACUGGAUGGCCCAUGAGGUCUCUUCCAACUCUACUAUUCUAUGAUUCUAUGAUAUAUGCAAAAGGCUGCAGUCUUCCAGGACAAGUAUCCACACUA